GUUUAGACCUGAGGGCACUUACUGAGGACAUACACUCCCAUCUCCCCGUCUUGUCAGAUUAUCCAAUUGAUCGUCCUCUUCUGAUGGACCUAUAGGUGAACUACAACGUAUUACCCCAGUCGGGCCUCGUUUGCCAGCAACAGUUAGUUGCACAUACAAUCGCCGCCUUGUACCAUUUAUCGCCAAGCCGUCGACUGUGCAGAGGGAUUGAUUGACUGAUUGAUCGAAAAUGGAGUCGGAACCAACAUAUACCGUUUUCAUCCGUCUCCCUUUCCCAAGAGGAGACUUUGUGGAUCCUCCACCUGUAAACUGGGAUUCCGCCAAGGACGAAGCUCUGUGGAACAUUCUGUCUGGUGUUUCCAAGGGGGAGAUUGACUGGGAUGCUAUUGCCGUCGAGUUCGACGUAACUGUCGAUUUUCUUCUCCAACAAGUUACGUACCUUACAGAACGCCAUGCCGCCCAAGUCCGGGCACAGAUGCGGAAGCUCACGGCAGCCAAAGGAUCGGCCGCGCCGUCACCAGUCCCACCGUCCGACUUGGCUGCAGUUACCGCGUCUGACAUGAGGAGGACAGGGUCAGGGGCUGGAGCUGCUCUUGGGCAGGCUCGAGCCCCCUCAUCUCUCUCGAUCCGAAGAGAUGUCCAGACCCCUAGGAGUGACCCUGUGUCAGUAGCUGGCUCAACAACAACAGCUGGCAAGGCACCUUUUGCAAAACAACCCGCCACCCGUACAUCGCCAGGGGGCACGGGCCCAGGGAGCAUGGGCCCGGCACCGCAGCGCAAGACAGGAGCGAACACGCCGCGACAGCCCCUUGAUCCUCCCCGCAAGCGACUUUCGUCACUAGGCAUGCCAACCACUCCUACCGCUGCAACAAUGCGCACCGCCAGACAAUUUCGGGACGAUGAGGAUACCGAAUCUCCAGGACCGGCAGACUCUAGCUCGGAGUCAUCGUCGGAGUCUUCGAGCCCUGCGCAGUCCCGGAUCAUCCGUCGACCGCCUCGUUUCUCGGCACCUUCUGGUGGCGGCAAAACUGGCGACGGUCAGGAAUCUCCAGAAGACGAAGACGUUGAGCCUGCCUUUCUACCCCAAGAAGCGAGAAGUGAGCAGUAUUCGGAUCCCGGGGCCACGCUACGGGGUGAACCUCACAGUUCAAGGCGGCCGGUCCGAAGCCAGUCGACAAAAGACCGGAUUGGAUCCAUCACCCAGUCCAACACGUCGGACUCUUCCACCGGAUCUGCGGCUUUGAUAAACAAGUCACCUGUCCGUGAUGAGCGAUUCUACCGCACACCCGUUAGUCCGAGGCGCACGGCCGAGCUUUCUGGGAGAGCAGGAUCCAAUAGUAAAGGAAAGGGGUACUCCAGAGAUGGGAGCGAUGGCGGAACGCCCAGCAUGGGCAGUAGCUUUAGCGACUUGGAUGACGCUUCAGUUACGCAAUCGGCGCUUGAGGAGGCGUUGGCAAGUAACAUGCAGGAUGGAACCAUCGGAAGUAGGAUGAGUACGAUAGGCCAGGCCUUCAGGAGUCGCUACCUUCCGCAUACUACUCGAUCAACGGAGAAGAAGUAGGAGAAGCUUAAGUUCGAGCUGUGUAAAUGGCCGCCCGCUCAACAUAACGAUGAUAUGAUGUGCUUCGGAAUCGUUCACAAUUUGCUGGAGCCUCAAGUAUGAACGGCUGGCUUCGGAGAGGCCAUUAAGAGUGUAAUAUUGUUGAUUUGGCCAGAUUGCCUGGAACUUUGGGUGACAGCUUGGAAGAUUUGGUACUCUCAAUAUGAUGGCUAGCUUGUGUGAUUGCCAGGCAGAAUAGCGCUCAAAACUGGCUAAUUUUCACCCAUUUCACACCAAACUGAUCACAAAUGAAGAUAAAAAUUGACAGUCUGCGAGCCCCCAAGCAAUUCUUCCGCUCAAAAUUUCC